UCACAGCCAUCUGUUUCUGCCGAACGAUUUCUGUACUCUUGACAAUCCCAGAAAGCUUAAGUUUCAAGUUGUGCAUGCAGGAAUGAUGCAGAUUAUACGCAACAACCAUAUCGAUUUUUGAGCUUGUGAAGAUGACUACCAUAUCAAUUGUAGGUGGAAACUAUGCUAGCAGAAGAAGAUUUGGAGAUCAUGCCAGGGAAAUGACAAAUCAGUGCAUAGGAAAUGAUUACCCUGCAAGUCAUUUUCUUGGAAGUUUAUCCAAAAGGGCAUGUUUUUGGCCAAAGGACUUAGCAGGUCCCAGAAAUACAAAAGAAAACAGGUUUAAUGUUGUCGCCAAGAUUAAAAAGGGUAAUAAGCAUGAUUAUCCAUGGCCUGAUAAUAUGGAUCCAAAUAUCAGUAGUGGAUUUUUAACUUACCUGUCUCAUUUCAAGCCUCUACCUGAGAGGCCAAAACCCGUGACGCUUGAUUUUGAGAAGCCGCUCGUUGAUCUUGAAAAAAAGAUUAUAGAGGUACGUAGAAUGGCAGAUGACACAGGACUAGACUUCAGCGAUCAAAUUGGUGCUCUGGAGAGCAAGUAUCAACAGGCUCUUAAAGAUCUAUACACUCAUUUGACACCAAUUCAACGUUUGGCAAUUGCUCGACAUCCCAACAGGCCAACAGUUCUUGAUCAUAUACUCAAUAUUACAGAGAAGUGGGUGGAGCUUCAUGGAGAUCGAGCAGGUUAUGAUGAUCCAGCAAUUGUGACAGGUAUAGGUAGUAUGGAUGGAAAAAGUUACAUGUUUAUAGGCCAUCAGAAAGGUAGAAACACAAAAGAGAACAUUGCCCGGAACUUUGCAAUGCCAACACCUCAUGGCUAUAGGAAAGCUUUGCGCAUGAUGAAAUAUGCAGAUCAUCAUAAAUUCCCCAUCAUUACUUUUGUUGACACUCCUGGAGCCUUUGCUGAUCUCAAGUCUGAGGAACUUGGCCAAGGUGAGGCAAUAGCUCAAAAUUUGAGGACUAUGUUUGGCUUCCAGGUCCCAAUCAUAUCGGUCGUAACUGGUGAAGGUGGUUCAGGUGGAGCACUUGCAAUAGCCUGUGCCAAUAAGCUGUUUAUGCUGGAGAAUUCUGCACUUUAUGUUGCAAGUCCCGAAGCUUGUGCUGCAAUAUUGUGGAAAUCUUCCAAAGCCGCUCCUAAGGCAGCCGAAAAGUUAAGAAUAACAGCUCAGGAACAUUACAAACGUGGAAUUGCCGAUGGUAUUAUUCCUGAGCCACUUGGUGGUGCACAUGCUGAUCCUGCAUGGACGUCGCAGCAAAUUAAACAUGCAAUCACACAGGCUAUGGAGGAGCUGGCAAAAAUGGAUGCAAAUGAGGUGCAACGCCAUCGAAUGCUCAAGUUCCGGUCAAUUGGAAAAUUCCAAGAAGGCAUAGUUGUGGAACCAGAGAUUAAGCGAAACAUGAAACCACCUGAUGUGAACACUUCUGGGAUCACUGAUAUUGAGUCCGAGCUUCAAAAUCUCAAGAAGACAAUUUUUGAAAUUAAGGGACCAUCUGAUCCUAUUAGGGAAGAAGCAAUAGAGAAGAUCGAGCAAGAAGUUGACCAAGAGAUAACAAAUGCGCUUUCUGCGAUGGGAUUAGAAGAGAAGAUUGAGUCUGUGAGGCUGGAAUUAUCCAAAGUCUCAAGUCGCUCACCAAAUCAACCCCUUGAUCGUAACCUGAAGGAAAAAUUGGAUACGAUCAUGCAAGAAUUUAACAACAAAUUGUCACGGCCAGGUGCCUAUAUGGGAUUGAAGCAGAAACUUCAGAAGCUAGAAGUUGUGAAGAGGAUGAUUGAGAUGAGAGCCAAACAAGAGAAACUUAAAGCAGAGAUCAAUCAGAAAGUUUCAGGUGAUAUUAAAACAAAGAUAGCAAAUUUGAAGACUGCUCAAGAAAAGCUAUCAAAUGGAAAUUCACUGGAUAAAGAAUUGGUAAUAGAAGCAGAGAAAGCCAAGAAAGAGCUAGAAGAGGUCUUGAGAUCAGCUAAUUUGGAGGUUGUUAAAGUAGUCAAGAGAAGAGAAACCAACCCCACGCCGGACAUAAAACAGAAAAUAAUGGAGGUGAACAAUGAAAUCUUCAGUGAAAUUGACAAGGCUGUUAAUUCAAAAGGCCUUAAAGAAAAAGUUAAAGAAUUGGAAGAUGAGCUGCCCAAAGGAUCAAGCCCUAAGGAUGUGGAAAAUGUUGCAGCAGGCAUCAAAGAGAGUAUUCUUUCUUCCUUGAAUGUCACAGCACUGAAAGAAAAGAUUGAUAGGCUGAAAAUGGAAGUGGAAUCCACUUCAGAAGUUUCUGAGAGCAAGGUCGGUGUGGAAAAUGGCAGACACUAAAUGUUGAGGUUACUUCAUGUGAGUGAUUAAUGAUGAUAAUUGUUGAAAUUAUAUUGUUUAUUUUUGAUAUCACAACUCUAGUUAGGAAUUCGCUAAGGGCAUUGUU